AUGCCGAAUCAUCACCACAGGUCCGGAGGCUUGAAGCAAGCCAACAAGAAAAAUAAGCGUAACCGGGCGUCGAAGCGUAGUGUUACGCGAGCUGCCGGGGGUAAAGUUGAGGGACGCCGUGGGCAAUUCAAACAACGUCUUCUAGCACAUAACAAGGCCGACCGUCGUCACAUUCAACAGCAACGUCGGGAUGCGAAACGACAAGAGCUUUUGCGACAGAAAAGAGGCUUAGAUGGCGGACCAGCUCCUCCGAAAAUCGUUGGAAUCAUCAGUUUGGGCGAAAGUGAGGGCAUAGAGGAAAAACUAAGAUCUCUUAUCGCUGAACAAGCUGAUCGAGUGAUGAAAACUUUUGGAGACGGAAACAACUCGACAAUGACGCUAAAGUUUGAAACUCACAAGAAAGAUGGGAAUCUAACAAUUCUGACGAACUCGACAGCUUUCCGUUCCCAUUACGAUAAUGGCGAUAGUGAAUAUGCUGCAGUCAUGUCGGCACUCGACCUUUGUCGAGUCUGCGACGUUAUUCUUUUUGUUGUUGAUGGCAACGAAGAUAAAGGGGUCACUCCCUUUGUAGGAAUGAAUGUAGGUGUUGAUGAUAGAUCUCUUAGUACCAGUAAGAGCACUUCAACAGCAGCGGAUUUUGAUCACAUCAUCAGUGAGAGGGGUGAUCGAAUUCUGACAGCAGUGAAGGGUCAAGGAUUGCCGAGAGUGGCGACUGUCUUGGCGAAGACAAAGAAAGAGGAAGAGCCUGGUGAAGAUGAUAUGACAACUCAAAGCACAAAGAGCAUCCGGCGUGCAAAUCACAAGCGAAGGACUGAUCUCAAGAAAUAUGUCAGUCGAUUUGCAACAACCGAAUUUGGUGUUGAUAAUGAUAAGACCAUGGAAGUGAAUCUUGUUGAUACUUCUUCAGAGGGCGAAAUGGAAGAAGAAGGAUCUACGCCAGAAAUAGAUCCCGAAGAACAUUUGAAGAAGACCCUUGCAGCUGCUCUUGUUCGGGGCUUGUGCUGCAUUUCUGGAGCUCCUGCGAAAUGGGUAUCACAACUUCCAAGAGCCUAUAUGCUAUCAGAUAGUCACAGCUAUGACCCAGAGAAGCAAGAGCUCAGAGUAACCGGCUAUGUUCGAGGCCGUGUACCUUUUGACAGCAAUUCAGCGAUCCACAUCCCUAAUCUGGGCACAUAUGGAUGCAAGUCGAUAGUUCGAGCGAGACAACCAAAUUGCAGUAGCAAAAUGGAAAUUUCCGAGGACAUAAUUGAAGUCGAUCCGAUGAAAAGAGAAUCCCUGGAAAAGUUUGCAACCCCAGAUGCACUUGAUGGAGAGCAGAAUCUUGUUGGAUUCGACGAGAAGGAUGAAGAGUUCUACGAUGCAGGAGAUUCGCCAGAGGAUGCAGACGAGUUUGCGAGACCAGCCGGUUGGUCUGACUACCAGUCUGCCUGGUUAGACGCCGUUGAUGAGGAUGGAAUUAACGCCGAUUUUGAUCACGGAGAAUUGGCAAAAGAACUGAACAAAAAGUCUUCAGAAUCUGUUGCUGCAAACACGAUGGAUCUUGAUGAUGCGAACAGGAUUUCGGAGGAGGAGAGGAAAGCAUUAGAAGAACAGCGUCGAAAGGAACAGAAGGAGCACCAAGAAUUCCCCGAUGAGGUACAAGUCGAGGAAGACGAAAAGGCUAGGGAUAGGUUUGCACGGUAUCGGUCUCUAAAGAGCUUUCGACAGUCUCCAUGGGAUGCUAAGGAGAACCUCCCAGAUUCGUAUGCAUCAAUUUUUCAUUUUUCCAGCUUCAAGGCAACCCAGCAAGCAGUCAUGGGUGAAAUGAGGGAUCUCGCAAAGGCUGCAAACGCCUCGGGAGGGAACUUUUGGAAUGGAGAGAACAAGACUGAUGACAUGUCUGGAGACAUCGACAUGGACGACGACGACGACAUGUUGAAGGGAUGCGUUCCAUCUGGAUCGUACAUCACUGUUACGUUGGAAGAUGUCAAUUCCGAUGCCUAUGGUGCAAUAGCACCCGGUGCUUUGUUAUCUGCUGUGACACUUAUGCCUCACGAAGGUAAGGUAUCGGUCUUGCACAUGGGACUAAGUCAUAGCAACAAUUGUGAAGCUACGAACGAGACACCUGUAAAGAGUAAGGAUGUCUUGACUUUUAGAUGUGGCUGGAGAACUUGGACUGGCCGCCCGGUGUUCUCUCAGAACAAUCUCAACUGUGACAAGCACAAGUUCGAAAGAUUCUUACCUCAAUCUGGUAGCUUCUUUGCUGCAAGUGUCUUUGGUCCGGUCACUUAUACACCUUGCCCUAUUCUUGUGUUCCGAGAUUUAGACGGACGAAGGCAGCUUAUUGCUACUGGAUCCAUGAUCAGCGCAGAUGCCGACCGGAUUGUUGUGAAGAGGAUUAUCCUAACAGGAUACCCUGUCCGUGUUCACAAGCGUUUUGCAACGGUGAAGUAUAUGUUCUACGAUCCAGAAGAUGUGAAGUGGUUCAAACCAGCAGGACUUAUCACAAAACAUGGCCUGAAUGGAAAGAUUGAACAGAGUGUCGGUGAGCACGGUACCAUGAAGUGCCUAUUCAACGCUCCCAUCAAACAACAUGACACAGUUUGUCUUCCCUUGUACAAGAGAAUCUACCCCAAGUUCGCCAGUGCACAAACUGGAAGUGAAGAAGGAACCAUCAAGUCUAUGAGGCAAGACAAUUCUUCUUUGAUUGUAAAGUAA